CCUCCCUUUUGCAGACGUCACGGAAAGUAGGCGGAGCGGUAGUGCAGUCUAAAGACACGGCUUAAAGAACCAGACCCAGUGAUCCACGUUGCUGAGGCGGGGGCUGCUAUGAGCUGAGUGUUACGGACUCUGCGAGUGGCUAAUUGUUCCGGGCACCCGUCACUUGUUCUUUCUGUCAUCGCUCAGGUGUGGCCAUGUCUUUACUAUCGGCUCCCGCUAUGUCUUUGCUUUUGCUCAGCGCACUUUUGCCGCUCUCCCUGACAGUGGAUCCCACCCCUUCUACAGGCAAGGAGCUCAGCGCUGCGACCUUCCUCCAAGAUAUUCUUCAUAGAUAUGGAGAGAAUGAGAGUCUCUCAAUGUACCAGCUUCAGUCUCUGCUGGAGCACCUGGAGUUGGGAAAGGGAGGAGGCAACCAACAGAACAAGUCCCAGUGUCUCAGCUCCUCUGUACUGUUUGCAGCACACAACUUGACCUCUGAGUCUGUGGUGGAUGCAGACGGUUUCCAAAGCUUCUGUCCCACCAUCCUACAGCAACUAGAGACCCGGGCAUGCCAAGAGAGCACUGCGUUCCAGAAUGAGACCUCCCUUGAGGGAAGACCAAGCCCUGGAGAGGUGUGGGGUUAUGGAAUCCUCUGUGUCACCGUCAUCUCUCUCUGCUCCCUCUUUGGGGCUGGAGUUGUCCCAUUUAUGAAGAAAGCAUGUUACAAGCGUCUGCUCCUCUUCUGCAUUGCUCUGGCCAUUGGGACACUGUUUUCCAACGCUCUCUUUCAGCUGAUCCCCGAGGCCUUCGGGUUUAACCCAUUGGAAGACUCCUAUGUGCUCACCUCAUCCGUGAUAUUUGGUGGCUUUUAUCUCUUUUUUUUCACUGAGAAGGUCCUGAAGAUGCUGCUUAAGCAGAAACAUGAGCAUGGGCACAGUCAUUCUGCUGAUGCAAGUAAACGUGAUGCCGAGGAGGGUGUGACCGAUAAGUUACAAAACGGAGACUUGGACCAUAUGAUCCCUCCACCCCGUGGCAGUGAGUCUGACCUCCGUGGUGAUGAGAAGGCUGUGCAGGAUCUGCCCGGCCAGCAAAGUUCCUGCUAUUGGUUGAAAGGCAUUCGUUACUCUGACAUUGGCACGCUGGCAUGGAUGAUCACACUUAGUGAUGGGCUUCACAAUUUCAUAGAUGGCCUGGCCAUUGGAGCCUCCUUCACUGUGUCUGUCUUCCAGGGAAUCAGCACGUCCAUUGCCAUCCUCUGUGAGGAAUUUCCUCAUGAGCUUGGAGACUUUGUCAUACUUCUGAAUGCAGGUAUGAGUAUUUCCCAGGCUCUGUUUUUUAACUUCCUGUCUGCGUGCUGCUGUUAUCUGGGCCUGGCUUUCGGUAUCCUUGCUGGAAGUCACUUCUCCUCCAACUGGAUCUUUGCUUUGGCGGGAGGCAUGUUCCUUUACAUCUCACUUUCUGACAUGUUCCCAGAGAUGAAUGAAGUGAGUAGAGAGGAUGAAGAAGAUGGGAGGGCACUUUCUGCUUUUUUGAUCCAAAAUGCAGGCCUCCUUACUGGCUUCUCCAUUAUGUUGCUACUGACAGCAUUUUCUGGCCAGAUCCAGUUGGGAUAGCUUUCCCUCCCACCCCCUCCUGUUCUUCUACAUUAUACAGCAAGAGGGGGUUCCCAGGCUUCCCUUUUGGAAUGGACCAAAAGUAGAACUGCUGCACAAAAUACAAAAGCCAGCGAGGAGUAGUAUCGCACUAAUACUGCCUCCUUCUCUUAUGUAAGCAAGGGCUGAGGGUGCUGCCAACUGCUGCUACCGCUUUUCCUAUGAACAAAUGAGUAGAAGGUUUUACCUUCAUAUUCAAACGUGGGACAGAUCUUGUUGGAAAAACUUGGUGCUUGGAAAUAAUGCAAGUGAUGACAUGGCUAUGCACAGAACUUUCUGCUCCAAUGUCCCUUCAUCACAUGAACCAGAACUGACAUUGUCCUCUUUGCUCCAUCCUACGCUGACCUUUCCCUGAUCUAGUCCUUUCUGAAUAUUUUGGCCCAUAUUUCUCUUGUUAGAGGAGGUGUGUGCAUAAAAGUAGGCUACAUCACCUCUUCUAAGCACCUUUGGGCCUAGAGAAGGAUCUUGUCCUUGUAGUGACUGCUCCAGGAAGGUUUAUCUUAUCAUAUUGAUAAGUACAUGGGAGUAUACCCAACUUAGAAUGGACCAAUUCCCUUAACUGCAUUGGACAAUUCUUUAUUGUUGGCUGCAAGAGACUUUGUCUUGCCCAAUGAAUAUUGCACAGCUGACACCUUUGGCCUCCCCACUCUUGCAGUGUCCUUCCUAAAAUCUCCUCCUGCUCAUUCCAUGUAGAACGACUGUUCCGUUCAGUGUGUCUAGGUAACCACCCUUUGACACUUUCCAGAUUCUGUCCAGACUUGUGUUGCUGCCCCUCAUUCUUUCAAACCGGAAACAGUGUCUUUGAGUGUUUGUCUUGAAAGGGAGAAGAGAAGUGAAACUUUGUGUGCUGAGUUGUAUAAAAGCGGAACGUGUUGAUUAGUAAUAUUCAGGGCUUCCUUUUAAGAUACUCAGCCGCACAACCAUUUUGCCAAGUCUAUUAAAAUGUAUAAUUUUGCCAUAACUUUUGGCAUAAUUCUGGCAUUUACACUUCUCCAAAAAGAACACCAACAGCCUUCAUAUUGGCAUUUAUGUUGUACAGAGAAGCUCAGUGUUAAUGCCUCUAGACUGUUACACCAGCAUGAUGAACGAUGAGGGUUCUGUUUAAUCAUGUUCCUAAAUGUGUAUGGAAACAAGGCCUACAGUAGUGUUCUAUUCUCUUUUUCCUGUGUGAUUUACCAUCUCAGGUUCAACAAUAAAGUCUAAUAAAUAGA